UUGCUGUGUGGGAUAAACAGUAAUGGCGGAGGCUGCAGCUCCCGGAACAACAGCCACAACAUCUGGAGCAGGAGCGGCAGCGGCGGCGGUGGCAGCGGCCUCCCCCACCCCUAUCCCCACCGUCACCUCGCCGGCCCCGGGUGCGGGGGGCGGUGGUGGCGGCAGCGACGGUGGCAGCGGCGGCUGGACGAAACAGGUCACCUGCAGGUAUUUUAUGCACGGGGUCUGUAAGGAAGGUGAUAACUGCCGCUACUCGCAUGACCUCACCGACAGUCCAUACGGGGUCCUGUGCAAGUACUUUCAGCGAGGCUACUGUAUCUACGGAGACCGCUGCAGAUAUGAACACAGCAAACCACUAAAACAGGAAGAAGCGACUGCUACAGAUCCCACUGCCAAACCAUCUCUUGCCGCUUCCGUGAGUCUCCCGUCAGCAGCUGGACCACUUGUUGAAAUGAGUGUGGGUGAAACUGAGUCAAAAAAUACCAACUUUGCAACAGUUGGAGCAGAAGACUGGGUGAACGCCAUCGAAUUUGUCCCGGGACAGCCCUACUGUGGACGCACUGCCCCUUCCUGCACAGAAGCAGCCCCACAGGCUUCAGUGACCAGUGAGGAACCAGAGAAAGAGCCCGCGGUGGACACCAAGAAGCAGCUGUGUCCCUACGCCGCAGUGGGCGAGUGUCGCUACGGGGAGAACUGUGUGUACCUCCAUGGCGACUCGUGUGACAUGUGUGGGCUGCAGGUCCUACACCCAGUGGACGCUGCCCAGCGGUCACAGCACAUCAAAUCUUGUAUUGAGGCCCACGAGAAGGACAUGGAGCUCUCGUUUGCGGUGCAACGCAGCAAGGACAUGGUGUGCGGCAUCUGCAUGGAGGUGGUCUACGAGAAGGCCAACCCCAGCGAGCGCCGCUUUGGAAUUCUCUCCAACUGCAACCACACCUACUGUCUCAGGUGCAUCCGCAAGUGGAGGAGUGCUAAGCAGUUUGAGAGCAAGAUCAUAAAGUCCUGCCCCGAAUGCCGGAUCACAUCUAACUUUGUCAUUCCAAGUGAGUACUGGGUGGAGGAGAAAGAAGAGAAGCAGAAGCUCAUGCAGAAAUACAAGGAGGCCAUGAGCAACAAGGCGUGCAGGUAUUUUGACGAAGGCCGUGGGAGCUGUCCGUUUGGAGGGAACUGUUUUUACAAGCACGCCUAUCCCGAUGGCCGUAGAGAGGAGCCACCCAGGCAGAAAGUGGGAGCAUCGAGCAGAUGCCGGGCCCAACGAAGGAACCACUUCUGGGAGCUCAUUGAGGAAAGAGAGAGCAGCUACCCUUUUGACGACGACGAAGAAGAGGUGGUCACCUUUGAGCUGGGCGAGAUGUUGCUUAUGCUUUUGGCCGCAGGUGGGGACGACGACAUGACAGACUCUGAAGACGAGUGGGACUUGUUUCACGAUGAGCUGGAGGACUUUUAUGACUUGGAUCUAUAG